AUGGCCACCCAGAACUCAGUAAUGGCUGACGCGCACAUUGAGAAAACGGAAAAGGAACCAGAAACAUCAACUGAGAUAUCAAAAAAAUCACCGGCGUUCUAUCUUUCUGUUUUCUGGCUUUGCCUCGUGUCAGUGAUCACAUCCUUGGAUUCCGUGAUCAUCACAGCGAUCAUACCGUCAGUUGCUAAAGACCUUCCGGGCACCACAAUACAGCUUUUCUGGUGCGGAACGGGCUUCUUGCUGGCACAGACGGUUACCAUCCCGAUCUAUGGCAGUUUCAGCGAUAUCUUCGGGCGGAAAUGGGCUCUAAACCUCGCCCUUGUCAUCUUUACAUUUGGAAGUAUCCUUUGCGCCACAGCCAAGCACAUGCAAUGGCUGCUUGCUGCGCGAGCAGUUAAGGGCCUCGGUGCUGGUGGUAACCUUAGCCUGGUCUCCGUGAUCAUUAGCGAUAUGACCACGCUGCAAGAACGAGGCUCGUACAUGUCCUUGAUAUCUCUAGCCUGGGCCGUUGGCACAAUAGCCGGAGUCCCCAUUGGCGGCGCUAUCGGAGAACGCGCAACGUGGCGAUGGGCAUUCUGGAUAAACGUACCCAUCUGCGUCAUUUCCAUCGUCGGUCUCACCAUCUCACUCAGGUUAAAGACGGCAGAAACCACAUUGAGGGCAAAGAUUUCCCGCAUCGAUUUCCCUGGCAUCUUCGUCUUCAUCGGCUCGACGACUUCAUUUCUCCUUGGCUUGACGACCGGCGGCACUCUCUAUCCCUGGGGCUCUGCCAAAGUACUUGUCCCCCUGAUCGUGGGCGUGGCCGGAUGGGCUUUAUUCAUCCAUAUCGAGUUCAAAUAUCCCCGCGAGCCUAUGAUUCCGCUUCGGGUGUUCCAUGACCGCACAGCAGCAACGGGAGGCUAUUCUAGCGUAUUCUUCCAUGGGCUUAUAGUGUGGUCGUUUUCAUACUAUGUUAUUAUCUUUUUCCUGGGAGUUACCCAACACGGACUCCUCCACUCAGCCGUGGAAACACUACCGGGAUCCGCCUUCAUCGCCCCCUUCUCCAUAGCCGCGGGGAUAAUCAUGACAAAAACCCUCCGAGUCCAGAAGGUAAUCUGGACCGGCUGGGCCAUCAUGACGGUCGGCACAGGCCUCAACGCCCUACUCAAACCCCACUCAAACGGCGGCAUCCUCUACGGCGUACGUAUAAUAAUGCCGAUUGGUGCCGGCCUCCUAUUCCCCACGACGACCGUCGCCGUACAAUGUGUGCAGAAGGGCGAGGACGUCGGCAUCGCCACUUCCGUACAGGUCUUUGCGCGUAGCCUCGGCCAGGCUUUCGGUGUCGCCCUGGGCGCUGUAAUUUUCCAGAACGAGUUUGACAGGUACGCAAGUCAGGCCGCGGCGACGGGUGGGCUUAUUGGGAAUGGUAAUGCGAACAUGGUCAUACAUGGUUCCCAGGCGGACGCCGCGUUUGACCUCAUCAAGACGUUCCCAGAAAAUGUGCAGGAGGUAUAUCGGUACGUGUACGCGGAUUCGUUGAGGACGGUUUGGUAUGUGCUUACGGGGGUUUCUGGGUUUGCGUUCCUGGUCAGUUUGGCGAUGAGGGAUGAGAGUCUGGAUAAAGAUGCGAAGGGGAGGCAUCAGUUCGACCAUAAGAGGAACGGGGCGGCUCUUCAGGUCGAAGAUGCUGAGUAG